AGGGCGACUGCGCCGGCUCUCUGACUCCUUCCUCUCCCUUUCCUCCUCCUCCUCCUCCUCCUCGUUGCCUGGGCCGCCGGCCGGGACCCACCGCUGGCUGGGCGGCGGUGGGGGGAAAAGGAGGAGGAAGCAAGCAAGCCGCCCUUCUGCCCCACGGACCCCCAGCAUCGGGCUAUGUUCGAGACGCAGGGCCGAUCCCUGGGCGGCCGCACUGGCACCACGUCCCCACGCACCACGCCAAGCAGCUCCCCGUCACUAAGGAAGCGCCUGCUUCAGUUGCCCCCGCGACUCCCUUCAGAGCCGCCGUCGGAGGCCAUGGUGGAGAAGGGCUCGGAGAAUGCCGCCGCGGAGCGGACCCCUCCGCCAGGGCCCCCUCCCAGCACCCCACUCAACUACCCACUCAGUGGGCGAAGCUUCAUGCGCAAUAACAAGAAAAUGCAGAGUUGGUACAGCAUGUUGAGCCCUACCUACAAGCAACGCAAUGAGGAUUUCCGCAGGAUCUUCAAGGGGCUGCCUGAAGCUGAAAGGCUCCUUGUAGAUUACUCCUGUGCGUUGCAGCGUGACAUCCUGCUUCAAGGGCGACUCUACCUAUCCGAGAACUGGAUCUGCUUUUACAGCAACAUCUUCCGAUGGGAAACCACAAUCUCCAUUCAGCUCAAGGAGGUGACAUGCUUAAAGAAAGAGAAGACAGCCAAGCUGAUCCCCAACGCAAUCCAGAUUUGCACAGACACUGAAAAGCAUUUCUUCACAUCCUUUGGGGCCCGUGACCGUUGUUUUAUGCUGAUCUUUCGCCUUUGGCAGAAUGCGCUCUUGGAGAAGACCCUGUCACCCCGAGAGCUCUGGCACAUUGUCCACCAAUGCUAUGGAUCUGAACUGGGCCUCACCAGUGAGGAUGAUGAUUACGUCUCUCCCGUUGAUGAGAUCAACGGCUUAGGAAGCCCGAAAGAGAUUGGAGAUGUCAUUGACCUGACUGACUUGACUUCCCGUUGCACCUCAGAUCUCCGUCUGGACAGCAGCCCCUUGCUGGACAAAAGGGAUGCUGCCCCAAGCAUCAAUUCGCUGGCCAGCAGCAGUGACGGAACUACUUCGCUGGCAGAGGACCCAGAAGAGAACACAGACAGCCAAGUGGAUGCCUCGUCCAGCCACACAGUGACCUCAGCCACAGAACCCCCCCAGGACGACUUGUCACGAGGGACGCCAGUGUCUCCCCUGGAGGGGGAACUCGUCCCCAGCGAGGAACUCCCCACGGACAUGAGCAAUUCCUCCACCUCCACGCAGGAUGAAGGUGAGAGCAACCCUAGUCCUGCUCUAACCGUUAAGCCGGCCUCCCUUCUAAAUCUUGGACUGGAAUCUGGAGAGCCUGCUCCUCAACCAUCUGCCUUUCCUCCUUCUCAAGCCGAGGUGGACGCCUUCUUUUCGGACCUUCCAGGCCGACUCCUGAUUAACACUGUUUAUCACGUUGGAGCAGAGAAGCUUCAGCAGAUGCUCUUCAGCGACUCUCAGUUCAUUCACAGCUUUUUGGAUCAGCGCAAAUUCACAGAUGUGGCACUGACGUCGUGGACUGGAGACAACAAGUGCCACCAAAGCCGUGUCAUUUCCUACACCAUCCCCAUCAGCAACCCAUUGGGCCCCAAGGUUGCUGCUGUGGUAGAGACCCAGACUCUCUUCCGUGCCAGUUCCAAGAGUGGAGGUUGUGUGAUUGACUCAGAAGUGAUCACACAGGGCAUCCCCUACCAGGACUACUUCUACACAGUCCAUCGAUACUGCAUCACUGCAGUAGCCAAGAGCAAGUCCCGGCUCAGAGUCUCCUCUGAGAUCCGGUAUCGGAAGCAACCAUGGAACCUCGUGAAGACACUCAUUGAAAAAAAUGCAUGGAGUGGUGUCGAAGAAUAUUUCCAGCACUUGGAGUUGGCACUGGUACAGGCCGAGAAAGCCCUGCUAGAGGAGAGCUGUCACGGUAAAGAACCGCGAGGGAUCUUGUCUGGACUGCGCCGCAGGAAACGCACGCUGAGCUGGAGAGCCCCUCAUGUUGAACCCCCAAUUCCCCCAUUACCGGAAUGUGAGGGAACCAGUCGGGCCAUUCGACCCUCAGGCAGCCUUACCUCACGACUUUCGGAGCAGCUGUCGGAACAAGGGCAAAGCCAGACGGUGUCCACAUUCAUCCUCAUCAUCAGCCUGGUCCUGGUGGUUUUGGUCAUCCUCAACAUGAUGCUGUUCUACCGGCUCUGGUCCCUGGAGCAUACAGCCCGAACUUUCGAAUCCUGGCAGGCUUAUGCCCUCUCCAACGGAAAGCUACCACAGACAGCAUCAGAAUGGGCUGAGAUCCUGGAGCUGCAGAAGCGGUUCCACAGUGUGGAAGUCCAGAAGUGGAAACAGAUCCUCAAGGCGUCAGUAGAGCUCCUGGACGAGAUGAAGAUCUCCCUUGAGAAGCUGUACCAGGGCAUCACGGUGGCUGAACCUCCCUUGGAGCCAGAGUGAAACCCCGACGACUCCCCCGGUUGUGGGUUUCACUGGACUUUUGGAGACGAUUCCGGACCCCGCCUCAAAAACUGCUGCUGGCUCGGUGGCACCCAGACCUGAUGGGUGGGUGGGUAAUGGGAACAACACCGUGCUCCUUGCCAGUUCAUUCCCUGAACUUGAUCCUGAAGUGUGCCACUGACAGCAAAGGAUUCCCUCCUCCUGUCCCGCUUCAGGGAUCCAACGGCCUGGACCUUCUCUCUUUCAGUCUCUCUCCUCUCUCUCUGAGGGUCUUGUGCAGUGGCUUCAAUUGACCCCCUCCCCUUUUAAGUGCUAUUUAUAUUUCCCGCAGGACCUCGGAGAGUUUCUGACUUGCUACUCCAACAUCCUCUUUUCUUUCCAACUGUUGUGUGUGUCGGAGGGAAGAGAUUCCAAGGACAGAGUCUGGUGCUUGUACCUGCCUCUCGUGUUGAGGCUUCAGCCAAAAGCUGGGACCGUAAUAACCCAUUUCCUUUCAUGGCCUCAAAUCCAUCUCCCAGUCCUUUUUUACUCACUCAUGUACAGUUGAGUGACAAGCUCAAAUCGCACCAUGGGCUCCAUCCUUGGCUGCCUCGGUCCUCCUGUUCUCUGCCUUCUGUGGGCCUGAUAGUUUCAUUAAAGAGACUAUUUCAACAAUACCUCUGAGAGUACAAUGGUUAGGCAUGAUCCUCGGUAUCACAUUGCCAUGCAGGAAAAUAGGGCCAAGGCACUUGAGUUCUGGAGGAGUUCAUCGGGGCGAGGGUAGGAAACUUACACAACAUCGCAUACAAGUGCUGCGGAGAAGUUACGUUUCGCAGAAUCUCGCAACAUAGCCACUGCUGGUUCUGGAAAUUUGUUUAACAAAGGAACUUUCCCAAUAUAGCUCAGGUUCAGUUGGGGCUGAUGGGAACUGGAGUCCAACAACAUCUGUCAAUUCCAAAGUCCACCAUUUGCUUUAGGGAAAGAAAUCCAAAAGGAAGUGAGCUACUCCAGUUUGCAUGCAGCAGCAGCUUUGAACGGUUCCUGCAGGGUGUCCAGGUUUACCCCAGUCUGCACAAAAAGUACACGACUGCAGGUAUCUGCUGUGCCCUUCUCGCCUUGUUUAGCAUCAUCUUGCCAGACGUUGGUGAGGAAGGUAAUGCCUUGGCAAACCUGAGUGCAGAACAAUGACUGCUAUGCUUGGUGUAAUUUUUCCAUCAAGGGAGUACUGUGCUCCCCAAACACCAAAACUAUACACUACCACUUUAAACGGAGAUUUCACUGCCAGCCUGGGCCUGUGGUGCCCUUCCAUUACUGCCUGAGGGGGAGGAUUGAAAUCUGCUCCCUCCUGGGGAGGGGUGUAUGUCUGCCAGCUCUAUGGUCUCUGUCCCUUGGCGUUCUGGAGGCUCAGAUUUCUACCUUCCCUUCUCUCCCUUCUCUUCUCCCUACAUUUUUUUAGCUGUGUUCAGUGUUAACAACCCUGUGUAUUCUACUUCACAGAUGUACCAGGGCUUAUUUAUUAGGGAGCAGAAUAAAGACUGUGGAUCUGAA